UCGACAUUCAAAUGCUCAUAUCUCUUCUAUUGCUAGUCCUAUUUUACUCAAACUUUUGUUGAUCUUAUUCUUAGAUUUUUUCUGCUUUCACAAAAGCUAACUUGCUCCAAGAGUUUCAUUCUCCUUUAAGAUGUAGUUUUAAGGUAAGGUCCAGUCUUGUCUCAUUUAUCCUGUGUAUGAACUUACAACAUAUUUUUAAGUAAGUAAUCUGAAAUAGUGAAAACAUGGUAGUUUUUAGAAUGUCAGAUCAUACAUGUAUGUGAUUUGAUGCCUACUUAUGAGAACAAAUAAUCUUGCAGGUCCCAGAUAUAUACGUUUGUGUGUCCUGUGUUGGAGAGGGUCAAGUGCUCUCAAAGUUGAUUGAAAUUGCUGGCAUUAAGCUCAUUUCAAGACUGAGUUUGAACUUUCAAUCCGAUAGGCCUUUCAUGUGUGAUUCAGAUUGGAAGGUAAGGCUUUGCUCUGAAAUGAGCUCCAUACAUGUACUUGAAGUGUAAGAAUGUGUACUUUUUACUAUAUAAAUUUACUUCUUGAGCUUUUUCAUUCAAAUUACAUUGAUGAGUCAAAUGAAAUUGUUGCCACAAUGCAGUGAAUGAAUUUUUGAUGAAUUUUUUACUUUUGGCAACACCAUAUUUUUUCAAUACAAACAUCUUAUUUUUUUGCUCUUUUCUUUUCCUUUUGAUAUGUACAGGUCUACAUGAGAUUAAUUGUUCAAGGUGAUCAUGCAUAUGGCCCGGAAGAGAUUAUCACUCUAAACUACCUCCUACCUAGGACAGAGGGGGUAGUACAAUGCCAUAACAACUAGACGCUCCAUUGGCUCAUAUUAGCUACAUUGGUUACGUUGUGAGAUAGAGCAUGACCGGUCAUUUGUUUUCCAAAAUGGGACGGAAAUAUCAGGGUGGUUUUUUUUCCGUACUCGUUCCUCUAGCACUGAUGAGUUUGAUAGUCUUCAAUGCACAUGAAUUCAAAAGAGCAGGAAGAAAUAUUUACCUGUAUAUUCAUCCUCGCAGUAGAUCAGCAGUGAACUCAAAUACUGUGUAUGGAGGUAAUUAUCAACCACCUGUGCAUGUGAAGAGGCUUCUAGCAAAGGAAGAGAUUACAGUCUCUUCAAAUUAUACCCCACAGGACAUGAACACGGCCAUAAAUGGGGUCACUUACCACGAGAACCGUGUGCUUUAUAAGUUUUAUAAAGCUACACAAGAACCUUCAUAUGACUGUGUAAUCAGAAUCCUCAAGUAUCGCAGACCAAAAGCUGAAGAAGUGUACAUGAAUAAUAAAAAAUGGAUGAGGACCAAAUGUGAAGGUAUGCCUUGCAGUGUAGAAACAAGAUAUAGUCUGAAUUUAGAGGAUUUCUUGUAUGCAGACAUUGUUGUUAUAAUGCCUGGGCCAUUUGCCAAAUUUGAGUGGAGGUCUCUUCUAAAAGCAAGGCCCCCAGGCCAAUUAUGGGCACUAUAUUCCAGAGAAAGUCCUGUGCAUGAGCCUCAGUUCACUCCCCCGUCCGCACUGUUCACAGGUAACCCGUACAACCUCAGUAUGACAUAUAGAUCAGGGUCUGACAUUGAUUUGUCUUAUGGACAUUUUGUGAGGAAUAUUCCAAGCAAUGUGAAAGGAGGAACAAAAUCCAGGCUAAUGAUGUGGAUGGCUUCAAGAUGCGAACCGUUAGGAUGGGAGAGAACCAAGUUUGUCCAUGCUCUGCAGAAGCAUCUUCAAGUAGAUAUUUAUGGAAAGUGUGGCACAUUUGAGUGUCCAAAGGACGACUGGGACAGCUGCUUGGCAGUGAUGCAGAAAUACAAGUUCUACCUGUCUUUUGAGAACAGUGAAUGUGCGGAGUACAUCACUGAGAAGUUCUGGAGCAAUGCUUUUGCUACAGGCAUGGUUCCCAUUGUAUAUGGUGCAAGGAAGGAGGACUAUGUAAGAACAGCACCACCUAAUUCCUUCAUUCAUCUCAAUGACUUUGCUACAAUGGAAGAGUUUGUGGGAUACAUUAAUUUAUUAGAUCGGAAUGAAACACUGUAUAAUAAGUAUUUUGAAUGGAGGAAGUUAGGGAGAACUUAUAUGGGAACAGGGUUCAGAACUGCACUGGGUCCUCCAAACCUCUGUAACUUGACCAAAAAGCUAGUGGAGAUUACUUUGUAUCCAGAAAAUUCAUGGAGAGGGAGAGUUCCUGAUUUUGCAAAGUGGUGGAAUCCUACAUGUAAGCACCAGACUGAAUUAUUGGGUGUGAGUAUAUAGAUUGGGAUAAAGGUGCAGAGUUUACAGACAGUAUUAUGAGAAGUCAAUGAAAUGGGAGUUAACCCUAUCUAUCUCGGCUAUCUAUUCGCGCAACAUUUUCGCUGCGCGAAAUUUUUUUACUGCGCCACUCACUGACUUUUUACCUUCAAGUCUUGCGCAUCCAUUGAGACCAAAUUUGCGACGACCGGGUACAUGAAAUUAUGCAACAUUUUGUAAGUGCAUAUCAGACCCAAAAUUACUCAAACAUGAUUUUAUGUACAAAUUUGAUGCAAUUUGUGUUUUCAACCAAAAAUAAAAAAUGUAUGAUUAUUUUUAGUUUUGUUUGUCUAAAUGGAUUUAUUUUAUGCUGUUUAUGAUUAUAAAAGAGUCCCCAACAAAGUUCAUCGAAAAAACAAUGAAAAACAAAAGGUCAAAAAAAAAACAACAAACAAAUACAUAAGAAAUUGCAAAAAACAAUAUAAUACAUAAGAAAUUGAUCUGAUUUUUUUACGUUAAUUUGCUAAGAACACCGAAAAGAGUUUCUAAGCCAAAAGUUAGAUCAUUUGGAGCUUUAGUAUGAUUUUGCAUUAUUUAUGCAUAAUUUAGCAUAAUCAAUUAUUAGCGAUUUGCAUGAAAUAAAUUAAUACAGAAUUUUGUAGAUUAUGUCCCAGGCAACCUGCGUGCCAAUUUUUGUUGCGAUCGACGGCCGAGAUCUCAAGCCCCCCCCCCCCCCGCCAUAUGAGCUCCCAAAAUACCAAGGCCUACAUGUAGGUAGGGUUAACACGAAACUGGUGCACUGUUCAUGCUUCAAUAGUGAGUAUAGGGGAGACCGGGGUUAGUUGGAACAUUUUUGACGAAAAUGGCUGUAAAAUCCAAAAAGAUUUUAUUUGAGAUACAAUCAAUAUAUCAGCUUGAAGCAUAUAUCUAAGGGCUUCAAAUGUACCCCAUAAAAUUUUUAACUCUAUCAUGGUUACUGAAAAAAAUCCACCUUGAACAAGACCAUCGCAAACGUUCCAACUUACCCCAAGUUGGAACAUGGUAUGGGGUUAGUUGGAACACUGCAUGGUCAAUUAAGAAUUAUACUAAAAUUACUUAAAACUGUAAUAUUACAUGGUUUUAGCCUAUUUGCUUUAUUUUUUCAAGUUCAAAAUAUUUAAAGUGUGGAAUUGUUGAACUUUAUGUUUUCUAUUAUACAGCCAUCACGCAAGCAGACUGUGUAAUAGAAUUCUGCAUAUUUGGGUGCGUUUGAUUUUACAUGCAAUUAAGUGUUCUAUCAGCAAUUUCAUGUACUUCUGCAUCAAAUUUACAUGACAAAAAUUAAUUGUUAAUAUUUUUUUCAUUAAUUAAUUAUGCAAAUAAGCAUAUGAAAUUUUCCCUAAAUUUGUUUUUUUUUGUAUGUUUUUGCCUUUAACCCUAUUUAUUAAGCUAGUAGAAUGCUAAUUUUUGGUGAGAAUAUCAAUUUUCACAUUUAUAACAAAUAUCCACCAAAAAUUGCAAAAAAAUAUUAUUUCUUAUGUAUUUUUUGUUGUUGUGUAUUUCUUUGUUUUUUCGAACCUUUGUUUUUUCCGAUGAACUUUGUUGGGACUCUUUUGCAAUCAUAAAUAGCAUAAAAUACAUCUAUUUGAACCAACAAAAGUAAAAAAUAAUCAUACAUUUAUGACUUUUGGUUGAAAAACACAAUUUGCAUUGACCUUGUACAUGGAAUCACGUUUUUGAGCAAUUUUGGGUCCGACAUGCACAUACAAAAUGUUGCGUAAUUUCGAAAACGCGCACACAGGCAUCACAAAAUUUGGUCUCAAAUGAUGCGCAAGACUUGAAAGUAAAAAGUCAGCGAGCAGUGUAGUCAAAAAAUUUUGUGCAACGGCCUAGUGACGAAAUUUCUCGAGGGGGGGCUCAAAUUGACCCCCCCCCCCAAGUUUGAUAAGGGUUAAUAUUGCAUUAGGGGCCUACAAUAGGCCUUAAAUGCACACUCAGACCUAACUGAUAAACAAAACAAGCAUGGUAUACAACACAUGUUCAGAAGAGUGUGAAAUACUGUAUAUAUUUUUUUUCUCAUAUCCAAUGUUUUCAUUCAUAAUUAUGUUUGGGGUAAGUUGGAAAAUGUUCCAACUAGCCCCUUUAAUUUUGUUCCAACUAACCCCGGAGGCCCAUUUGACGUUUAUAAGCUUACAGCACAAAAAAGGGACUUCACCAUGGCAUAUUAAUAACCUCAUUUUGUAGCUUGGCACAAGUGUCUAUUAUACCCCAAACUGGCCAACUUGAUCUAUAAACUUCUCUGAGAUAAUAAAACAUUUUUGAAAGAGAAAAAAAUUACUCAGAAGGUCAACAACAAAAAAUUCCUUUCUAACUUCACCAGGCUUGUUGCACAUGUGUUGUCUGUAAUAUGGUGGAUGGCUGUUGAUUAUGACAAUAACUUGAGGGCAGUAUUGCAGAAAUUUAUUUAAAGACGUUAAAGAAAAUUACAAUGUUUCAACUUACCCCGCGUUCCAACUAACCCCGGUCUCCCCUAUAGAUUGGGAUGAAGGUGCAGAGUUUACAGACAGUAUUAGAAGUCAAUGAAAUGGGAGUUAAGAUGAACCGGGUGCACUGUUCAUACUUCAAAACCAUUAUAAAAAAGGUUGUCAAUUUCUUUGAUGGGUAUGAUUGAGUUUGAAUGAGAGGUAAAUUGAUGCAACUCGGUAAUACAUGAAUUAUAUUUAUAAGUCUAAGAAUUUAUAAAUGCCCAUGCCUACAAGUAAUAUUGUGCCAAAUGCUCAUAGUAGGAAAUGAAAAGAAUUAACGAUUUAUUGGGUACUUUCACACAAAAAAUAGAUACAAAUGCAACUCUGAACUGUACUCUGUAUAGAAUGUUUGUAAGCUGCCAUUGUAUGAAUACAAACCAAAAUUUGCAAAUGUCUGCCAGUGAACAUCUCAUCAAUAGAAAAAUCUAGUGUAGAUUCUGUGACUGCAAUAUCAUUGUGUGUGGAAAUCAUAAUCAAGGAUUAUGAAUUGUUUAAAGGGUACCUCAUGCUGAAAAUAUUUAAAUUUGAAAUUUUGAAUAGAGUAAAAUUUUACAAGCAGAAUUAUGAAGAUUUUAUUAACAUAAGAAUAGAAAUGAUAGAUUCAAUUUUAAACAUAUCUAUCAAAUUUUGAUAGAAAUUGUUUGCUUUUUGUCGUAAAUGAUUGAGCUGAUGUCACACCCCUAAUAUCCCCUUUUCUAUCAUUCAAGGUCAAGUCCACCCCAGAAAAAUGUU